AUGGCAAAGAUACGUCCCAAGCGAAUAUUGGUGAGGUCAAUCCUCCUAUUAACGGUUUUCUACGCCGUGUUCCUUUCACUCAAACUCAUCAUGUCGCGGCCCUUUUUUCAGCGACUAGACAUUUCAUUGAAACAUAGAUAUAAUGAAAUCUACUUCAACUUCCUCGCGUCUAGAUUUGACUUGGAUCUAAAUAAACGGUUCAUCAAGAGCGUCGAAGAGAUCACAGCCAAAGAAGCUUCCAUCACCCCAGCGUUGUGGAAACUUCGAGUCAAGAAACUCCCGUUGGAUGUUGAGGUGCCCUCAUACUAUCGCACGGGGCUGAAACCCAUAGUUCAACCUUUUGACCCGAGACUCACAAUUGGGGUCUACUACCAGUAUCUACAGCACUAUCACAACAAGGAAGACGGCACGGUACCCUUCCAUUGGAUCGAUUGGGUUGACUUAUCCAGAAUAUAUCCCUACAUCACCAACCCGAAAAAGGAAAAUCUAUGUGAAACCACUUUUAAUCUCACUAGUCAGCCCGACUUGAUCAAGGACUCCCGGUUGAAAAAUGUCGAUAGUUAUUGUCUGUAUGAUCCAGAUAGUUUGCUAGGCUAUACCAUUUUCUCCAACACGGGCCCUCAUACCAUCGAAAAUAGAGCCAUCCUUGGCAAAUCAUAUUUAUUCAACCAUGCACCCUCCCCUCAAAAAUUGGUGUUUUUAACCACAACAGGCUCGUAUCAAAUAGGCGUUGAGCUGCCAGAGGAAAAUGAUUUUUACUCGAGUUUACUCUACAAUGAAAUGAUGGAGAAGUUAAAUUUCCCCACAAAUAUCAAUAUAGUGCACAAUUUCCAAGCCUUGCUAUCAACAAAGAUUAAACAAUAUUCAUCGCCUUUGGAAGAUCAAUUACUCGAGAUCCCACCGGAAAAUUUCGAUAUCGACCCGAGCGCCAAGAUCGAUGAAUUGUGGGAUCACCCCGAUAUCAGCGAGAUCGAAGCCAAUUAUCUCGACUCGAUUCAAUUUAGUUUUGAAACAAAAGACCCGCCGAAAUUCUUUUACGAGGCCAGUUUGCUUCGCUCGAUACCGGAUGAUUGGCAAGGCGAACACUACGACUGGAGAUUCUUUAGCGAGUUAACCGUGAACAAGCCCGAACAAUCGGUGGUUUUGCAUCGACUCGUCAAGAACUGGCUCGCGUUUGCUCGAAAUCAUGGCAUUGUCACUUGGAUCGCGCAUGGCUCGCUCUUGAGCUGGUAUUGGAACGGGAUUGCAUUUCCCUGGGACACCGAUGUCGAUGUGCAAAUGCCCAUUUCUGAGCUUUACAAGAUUGGCCGAUAUUACAACCAGUCUUUGAUUAUUGAAAAUGCUGCUGACGCCCAUGGUGAAUUUGAUGGCGUGGGUAGGUACUUUCUCGAUGUUGGAUCCUCAAUCACGAAUAGAACCAAAGGGAAUGGCAAUAAUGCCAUCGAUGCCAGGUUCAUCGAUGUCGACACGGGGUUGUUUAUCGACAUCACGGCACUUGCAUUGACGAAUGAAAAGGUGCCAUCUCGUUAUAAUCAACAUUAUCAACAUCUCUCACCAGCAACAAACGUCGAACUACCACCAUCGUCCUCGAAAGAUACCCUUGACCAAUUGACGAUCAACAACCAACUUCAGCUAUACAACUGCAGAAACAACCAUUUCACCCUGCACGAGGAAAUAUCACCCUUGAUCCGAACCAUAGUUGAAAACCAAGUCAGCUACGUGCCGCAACGGUUCCUCACGAUUCUCAACGUUGAAUACAACUUGGAGUCAUUGACGAAAAAAAACCAUCGCGCAUUCACCUAUUUCAGCAAUUUGCGACUUUGGUACCAUACAAAAGCAGUCAAGCGAUACCUCAAUGCGCGCAAGAAGGACCCCAAGGAAGAGUUGACCUAUCGAGAACUAAUGGCCACCAACCAAUUGUCCGUGGAAGACCAUAUAAACUUGAUCAAGCUUGACCCGCUCCUACUUCAAGAAUGGACCCAAACUCGCAAUUUCACUAAGUUGCACGUGCAAGAGAUGCAGUUUAUCCAGCGGGGCGAUUUUGAAAAACUCGGCAAGUUUCAACAAGAGUAUAUCGAUCAAGUUGGCGUGGGGAAGGCGUUGCGAAGUGAUUAUUUUAUGGAUUUGCUUAUGAAUGAUGAAGAAAUGAGAGAAAGUAUCGAAGAACGAGCCCAGUUGUAUUUCCCUUGGUAG